UCGCUGCGAUGCGUCGACUGUCGAGAGGAGCCCUUCCACCUUCCACUGCAGACGAAAUUAGUCGUGGGCAGUGGGCUAUCGCGCGGCUGUUCCUUACAGAAAAAAAAAUUAUGAUGGCAAGCAAGGCUUGGAAGGUGGUCCAGCCGCACGUGCCGAUGAUCAAGUUCCGCAAGGGCGGCAUCGAUCGCGCAGCAGUUGCGGGCACGAUGGCCGCGCCAUCUGGACGAUCAGGAUCGGCGCAGAUGCAGCAGAGCGCGGGCGGCGCAACGGGCCCCCAGGUAAUCGUACUGCCGACGAUAGAAGAUAUUCACUUGCCGCCACGGUAUCAAAGACGACCGAUAGAUCAAAAGGAAAUCGAAUAUAUCAAUCGUGGUGGGCCAGAGUGAAUUUGCAGUGCGAGCAUUUAGGAAACUCCGUAUUUAAUUAACUUUGUUAUUGACCGACUCGGUGCAAUGUGUGUUGUUAAUAAACGAACCCCUGACAGAGA